AUGGGGAAGAAGUUUCUCUUUGUCCUUGAUGAUGUUUGGAAUGAGAAUUAUCUCCACUGGGAUGUCUUUAGGUGUCCCUUUAAGUUUGGGGUGCGUGGAAGUAGGAUCAUUGUCACAACACGAAAUGAAGGUGUUGGAUCUAUGAUGGGUAGUCUUCCAACUCAUUAUCUAUCGCAAAUAUCUGAAGAGGACUGUCGGUCACUAUUUGCAAAACAUGCCUUCAGAAAUGCAGAUCACAGUGCAUAUCCAAAUUUAGAAGUAAUUGGGAAACAAAUUGUUAAGUGUAAGGGUCUUCCUUUGGCUGCCAAAUCACUUGGUGGUCUCUUGUGCUCUAAAUUGAAUUUGGAAGAAUGGGAGAAGGUACUGAAGAGUGACAUAUGGGAACUUGCAGAUAAAGGGAGUGCCAUUUUGCCGGCUUUAUGGCUAAGCUAUUACUACCUUCCUUCACAUCUCAAGCGUUGUUUUGCUUAUUGUUCGAUAUUUCCCAAUGGUUAUGUAUUUGAAAGAUCAGAAUUGAUAUUUUUGUGGAUGGCUGAAGAUCUGUUGCAACCCAAAAACAAGAAAACAAUGGAAGAAGUUGGAGAGGAGUACUUCGAUGAGCUAACUUCACGGUCUAUUUUUCGACACUCAUCAAUACGUUUUGACGGUUUUACCAUGCAUGACCUUAUCAGUGAUUUAGCAAAGUUUGUAUCUGGAGACUUCGGCUUUAGGUUGGAGGAAGAUGACAACUCAUUUGACAUGGUGACCAAGACUCGUCAUUUUUCAUAUAUGAGACAUCGUUGUAGUGACUUUGAGAAUUUUGAGGCUUUACAUGAAGCUAAGUAUCUGCGCACCUUCCUACCGCUACAACUAACAGAAUUUUGGAGUGAAAGAUUUCAAAUGUCAGAUAAGGUUCUACAUGAUCUAUUGCCUACACUACAAUGUUUAAGAGUGCUGAACUUAUCAAGGUAUGACAUUAAGGAGUUGCCUAAUUCGAUCGGUAAUCUGAAACAUCUAAAGCACCUGAAUUUGUCAUGGACUUCAAUCCAGAAGCUACCUGAUACAGUGUGUUCUUUGUGUAAUUUGCAAACUUUGUUGUUGUCACAUUGUGAAGCUCUUGUUCAUUUGCCAGCCAACUUGGGAAGACUCACAAAUUUGCGCCAUCUUGAUAUUGGAGAUAUGCGAGGCACACAUUUGAAAAAGAUGCCAGCACAUAUGGGCAAAUUGAAAGAUCUCCAAAUGUUAAGUGACUUUGUUCUAGACCAACGUACAGCAAGGAAGGACAUUCUAGAGUUAAAGGAGCUUAAGCAUUUGCAUGGAACACUUCGAAUAUCAGGGAUUCAAAAUAUUGUGAAUGCUGUGGAUGCUUUCGAAGCCAAAAUGUGGGAAAAGAAGUCUCUAACUCACCUAGUCUUAAAAUUCGGAGGUUAUACUGAAGAUUCACAUAAAGAUAGAGAAGUUCUCAAUAACCUCCAACCUCAUACCAAUUUAAAAGAACUCACCAUCGAGUCUUACAGGGGAACAAGGUUUCCAGGUUGGUUAGGAGACCAUUCUACCUCUAAUCUAGUUCAUCUCGAUAUUCUGAGUUGUACAAAUUGUUCCUUCUUGCCACCACUGGGUCAGCUACCCUCCCUUACCGAGCUUCUUGCCACCACUGGUCUCUGUAGGUCCUGA